AUGGCUGAUCAGCCAAACUAUAAGUUGGUGUUACCCCAAAUGAUGUAUAAGAUCCAAUAUCUUUACUAUGCUGUCGUUUCUGUAAUUAUUCUUAGCACUGUUUGUGCUCAAGAUGCAGACAAUACCAGCACCAACUCCACUACUUCAAAGGACUCUACUCAACCUAGCGCUCCCCCAUGUUUCUCUAAACCCGAUACUUCUUCUUAUAAUUAUGGACUUCACUUGGCCUCCCUUUUUGUAAUUCUUGUAACAAGCUCUCUUGCUGCCAAACAUUUUGGGAGCGGUGUGAUUCUUGCCACAGCUUUCGUACAUAUGCUUCCAACGGCAUUUGCGAAUUUGAACAAUCCAUGCCUUCGGGCGCCUUGGUCAGCUUACGGUGCUUGGCCAGGUGCAAUCGCAAUGAUGGCAGCAUUAUUCGUCUUUUUUACUGAAUACAUCGCGUUAAAAGUGGCCGCCAAGAUGGGUGAUGUGAAUAAAGAAGAAACUCAUGAGGACUCCGAAAAACUGGAUGCUAAUGAACAUCUUCAUCAUCAUGCUCAGACUGUUUUAAGCUCCCGUGCUCAAAUAAUUGGUAUCGUUAUUUUAGAGUGUGGUAUAUGUUUUCAUUCAGUAAUUAUCGGAAUGGCCUUAUCCGUUGCGGGUGACGAAUUUAUUUCAUUAUUUGUCGCAUUAAUAUUUCAUCAAACAUUUGAAGGCCUUGGGCUCGGUUCUCGUAUUGCUGAGCUCUCCUUCCCCCCGAAAAGUUUUGAACCAUGGUUGAUGUCAUUGGCUUACGGAACUACAACUCCGAUAGGCAUUCUUAUAGGCUUUUUUGUUCAUGAAUCCUACAAUCCUAAUUCUGAAACCGCGCUUAUCGUACAAGGAGUUUUUGAUUCAGUCUCUGCUGGAAUUCUUUUAUAUGCCGCUUUGGUUGAACUUAUUGCCAAUGACUUCAUUUAUGACCAGGAUUUUCAAAAUAAAACUCCUAGAAACAGUCAAAUUGCCGCCUUCUCCUGUUUAAUCGUUGGUGCUGGUAUUAUGGCUGCGAUUG